AGAACACGCUUUGCAACGCGAUCCCCUAUAUAUAUAUAUAUUGUAAAGUUGAUUCUGAAGACGAUAUAAUACAGGUUUUACAGAACUCUUUCCACUGAAUUACGCAAAGGAAAAUAAAAAAAGCAAAGGUUUUCAGUGAUCUCCUGGACGAUUUAGAUAAAAUCAAAAGUCAUGGCAUUGGAGGAUGAAGUUUAUGAUGACCAUUCUUCAGAGUUUGAACAGAAUUAUCGCUGUUAUCCUGUUUCUUUCAUUGAAAAGUCUCAUUUGGAGAAAGGUGAUAAAAUUAUAAUGCCUCCAUCUGCUCUUGAUCGCCUCGCCUAUUUGCAGAUCGAUUAUCCAAUGCUAUUUGAACUUAGCAAUCCUUCUGCUAGUAAAGUUUCUCAUUGUGGUGUGCUUGAAUUCGUUGCAGAUGAGGGUUUAAUAUACAUUCCAUAUUGGAUGAUGGAGAACAUGCUUUUACAAGAAGGAGAUAUUGUGAAUGUGAAGAAUGCCAGUUUAUCAAAGGGAACUUAUGUGAAACUUCAGCCUCACACUACAGAUUUUCUUGAUAUAUCCAACCCAAAAGCAAUCUUGGAGACUUCAUUAAGAAGCUAUUCUUGUUUAACAACUGGUGAUACAAUCAUGGUGGCUUAUAACAACAAGAAGUUUUAUAUUGAUAUAGUUGAAACUAAACCAUCAGCUGCAAUAAGUAUAAUUGAAACAGAUUGUGAGGUUGAUUUUGCUCCACCUCUUGAUUACAAAGAGCCUGAAAGACCUCCUGUUAAAUCUAAGACACCACCAGAAGUUGAAGAAGAACCAGAUAAGAAAAUACCCAAGUUUAGCCCGUUUACUGGUUCAGGAAGACGGUUAGAUGGGAAACCGGCUGAGCCACCGGUUCAAACCGUGGCUACAACCAGUGAUGCAAAUGGCUCGAACCCAUCAACCUCUGGUUCAAGAAAACGAUCUGGGACACUUGUUUUUGGGUCAAAUGUUGACCAAAAGCCAAAUGGGAAACCAAAAGUUAUGGUGAAAGAAGCUAAACAAGAAUCAUCUGAGAAGGAAGAACCUAAAUUUCAAGCCUUUACAGUCAUCUCCUUUUGA